AUUCCAGAUACAGAUUGAAGAUACUCAUAUGCUUUGCUCUUUGUGGCGCUGACACUUCCGAGGCGUUUGUACUGAUCAGAGGCAACGCCGGGCAUCUCCAUCAGCAAGCCUUCGCAACGCCAUCCACCUCAGAGAUCUUCAACAAACCCCAUUUGCCCCAGCCAAGUCUAAUAACCAACCACAAGCCAUGGGUGCUUUACUAUCUGUCCCGAUGCUGGCCCUGCCGGCGCUGUCGAGCGCGGGAAUGUAUGUCGCCUCGUGCUUCGGAGCGGCGGCGUGCUCGACGCUGUGCAAUACGUGCAAGUCGUGCUCGAAUAGUAUCUCGACGCGGAUUGCGUAUGCGCUUUUGUUUAUUGUGAAUUCUAUUCUUUCGUGGGUGAUGUUAUCGAGCUGGGCGAUUGACAAGAUCAAGUCGCUGACGCACGAUAUGGUCGACGUGCGGUGCUUUGGAACACAGUGCACUGGCUUUGUGUCGGUGCAUAGGAUCAACUUUGCGCUCAUGGUCUUCCACGCCAUCCUGGCCGUCUUCCUUGUCGGUGUCCACUCCGUGCGCAACAAGCGCUCAGAUAUCCAGAACGGUUACUGGGGACCCAAGAUCAUCGCCUGGAUGUUUUUGCUUGUGGUUUCGUUCUUGAUUCCCGACGCUUUCUUUGUGUUUUGGGGAAACCACAUUGCAAUCAUCGGCGCCUUCAUCUUCAUCCUCUACGGUCUGAUCCUGCUUGUUGAUUUCGCUCACUCGUGGGCCGAGAUUUGUCUCAACAAGAUCGAGACCUACGACUCUCGCGCAUGGCGCUUCAUUCUCGUCGGAUCCACGCUUGGAAUGUAUAUCGCCUCGAUCGUGCUCACAAUCAUCAUGUACGUUUUCUUCGCCAAGAGCGGCUGCGGCAUGAACCAGGCCGCCAUCACAAUCAACCUGAUCUUGCUCUUCAUCGUCUCUGCUAUCUCCGUCAACACCACCGUGCAGGAGUACAACCCGCAGGCCGGUCUCGCGCAGUCCGCGAUCGUGUCGGUGUACUGCACGUACUUGACCAUGACGGCCGUCGCCGGCGAGCCUGACGACAAACAAUGCAACCCGCUCAUUCGCUCGCGCGGAACCCGCACCGCGUCCGUCAUCAUCGGCGCGAUCUUCACCAUCCUCGCGAUCGCAUACACCACGAUCCGCGCCGCCACACGCACCUCGGGCACGGUCGAGGACAGCUACGGGUACACGCCCGUCAACCAGACUGUCACGCAGCAGCCCGGACGCAACUCGAUGCGCAUCGAGGCGAUUCGCGCGGCGGUGGACGCCGGCUCGCUGCCGCAGUCGGCGCUGUACGAGCUCGACGAGGAUUCGGACGACGAGGGCGACGGCAGCGACACCGAGUACAACUACAGCGUGUUCCACUUUAUCUUUAUGCUGGCGACGCAGUGGACGGCUACGUUGCUGACGAUGCAGGUCGACAAGGACGACGAGAUGAGCUUUGUGCCUGUCGGCCGAACGUACUUUUACACAUGGGUCAAGAUUGUGAGCGCGUGGAUAUGCUUCGCGCUCUACACCUGGACGCUGGUGGCGCCGAUCGUGGCUCCGGACCGGUUCGGCAAUUACUGAAACGGAAAUGUGAAUAGUCAGAGAUAGAUUUUAUUUAUUUUUACCUCAUGUCAAACGGUGUUGUUUGUGAGUUGGUUGCUGGGUUGCGUUGGUUUUUGUAUGCAUAAUUGGUACUAUUUGAUGUUUUGCAGUUGAGCUGGGUUGAUGUAUUUGAUAGCAUCAGAAGUCGUGUGUAAUGUGUGUA